AUGUUGCUUGGGUUGGUGUCUAGACCAUUGUUUAGGUCUGCUGGAAGAUUGGCGUUUACAGGAAUUCGCUUACAGUCGAACUUAAGCAUUAAUGCUUUGAAUAAACAGCAGCUACCUUUCAGGUAUAUUGGAACUGAACCCCUAGCUGUAAAAUAUACGAAUCAACAUGAAUGGAUAGCUGCUCAUGAAGACGGUACAGCAUUUGUAGGUAUCACUAAGUAUGCAGCAGAUGCUUUAGGUGACGUGACUUAUGUUGAACUUCCUACUAUUGAAACUCAAUUAGAAGAAGGUGAUAACUUGGGAUCGGUGGAAUCUGUUAAAUCUGCAUCGGAAUUAUACACACCAGCAUCAGGUACUGUUGUUGAAGUAAAUGACAAGUUAGACUCUUUGCCACAGCUAAUCAACGAAGAUCCUAUGGGUGCUGGGUGGCUAUGUCGGAUUAAACUUGACGACACUGUUGACAUCAAGAAAAAGCCAGAGUUAAUGACGUUGAACGAAUAUGAGGAGUUUCUACAACAAGACAACUGA